AUGUUGCCCUACGUGCUCUAUCUCUGCGGCCCCCAAGCAGCCUCUCGGCAAUUAGCCUUACGUCACAAUGCCUUUUUCCAGAGGCUUUCAGCGGCCUCCAGGCUACCCGGGGAAUCGUGGAUUGACACGUGUGUCCCAUGCGUCGGCGAAGAACUGCGGGCAUUGUAUCCUAACAUUGUUGUGACGCACGAGCCGUCCAGUACCAUCGUCGUAAUCGAUGUUACCGUGUCUUUCCAGUAUCGAGGAGAUCCAUAUAUGUCAGCCGCUUGCAGAGACAUUGGGAAGACGCGGGUACAUUGUUCACGGCUUCGUCGUGGCCGUUCUGGGGGCCUGGCACUCUCACAACAACAGUCUGACCUCUUUUCUGCGGUUCGCGACUUUGAUGAGUCGACGCAUGUUCUCGGAAACAAUCGCGUGGACUCGGGACGUACACGUCGAGCACAUCUCGGGCAUCCAGCAAUAACGCGUGAUGGAAUCGACAGCACAGGUUUAGGUGUCCUCCGCGAUCACGCAAACGCAGGCUUCCGUUCACGAAAAUCAACCCGCGACCGACGUGAACAAUUUAAACGUAGAUGUCUCCGAGACCAUGAGAGCGCAGCCACUCUCGAGCCUCUAACCAUAACCAGAGUCGACGCACGAGCCUUAGUAUCGGCGAAAUCUGGAGCAUUUCGCUCUCUCAUCAUUUUUUCGAUUUUACAAUAUCUAGUCUUAAUAUUGGAUUCUCUAACUGUUAAUCAUGUGCACACAAGGGCUUUUCCGUUGCUCAUCCCUGCUUGCGUUCUAUAUUUGCGCGUGCUACCAGAGAGUACACGAGUGGAAUCGGUAGUACACGGCGGCCGCGAGUGUGGUGAGUGCAGCCUCUAA